CGCCACAUCUCGCACGCUGCGGUUGCCCCGGCAGCCGCGCCCUGCGUGGCCGAAGCUCACAAUCAGCCCGGUCCCUCGGGGUCCCACCCCGCCCCAUGCGCUCACCUGCCCGCGCGCUCGCCCUCCGGGGACCCGGGGCCCAUGGACGCACACAUCCGGCCCAUGGACACACACAUCCAGCCCUGCUGUCAAGCGCGCCAGCUCGCCAGCCCUACCCAAAGGGACACCAUUCACGCCUGGGUGCCUCUGCCGGGCUCCGGGAGCCCAAGGUCGUGGCUGGGCCAGCGCUGAGCGUCAGAGGAGGCGAGCAGGGGCCUCCCUGGUCGCCCCAGCAGGUCCAGGCGCAUAGGUGCCCAGAGAUCCCUGGCUUCUGAUCGCCCGGAAGACUAAGAGCUUUAGUUUUGGUCCAGAAAGCAUUUUCAAGGAGCUGGUCAAGCAUGGCUUUAGCAGAUAAGAGACUUGAGAACUUACAGAUCUACAAAGUUCUUCAAUGUGUGCGGAGCAAAGACAAGAAGCAGAUAGAGAAGCUGACCAAGCUUGGAUACCCUGAACUAAUCAAUUAUACAGACCCCAUUAAUGGACUUAGUGCUUUGCACUUAGCCUCAGUUUCCAAUGAUAUUGAUAUGGUCAGCUUUCUCCUUGACCUUGGUGCUCACCCUGAUGUGCAAGACCGAAUGGGCUGUACUCCCACAAUGAGGGCUGCAGAACUGGGCCAUGAAUUGUCAAUGGAAAUAUUAGCAAAGGCAAAGGCUGAUAUGACUAUAGUUGAUAAUGAAGGAAAAGGUGUUUUGUUUUACUGCAUUUUACCGACUAAGCGGCAUUAUCGCUGUGCUCUGAUCGCCCUUGAACAUGGUGCAGAUGUCAACAAUUUUACCUAUGAAGGAAAGCCAAUAUUCCUUAGAGCUUGUGAAGAUGCACAUGAUGUUAAAGAUGUGUGCCUGACACUUUUGGAGAAAGGAGCCAAUCCCAAUGCAAUCAACUCAUCCACAGGCCGCACAGCUUUAAUGGAAGCGUCAAGAGAAGGGGUAGUGGAAAUAGUUCGAGGCAUAUUGGAAAGAGGAGGUGAAGUGAAUGCAUUUGACAAUGACAGGCAUCAUGCCGCUCAUUUUGCUGCUAAAGGAGGCUUUUUCGAUAUAUUGAAGCUUCUUUUUGCCUACAAUGGAGACUUGGGGCUGAUUUCGAUAAAUGGGAACACACCACUUCAUUAUGCUGCCAUGGGUGGUUUUGCAGAUUGCUGUAAAUAUAUAGCUCAGCGAGGAUGUGACCUGAAAUGGAAGAAUUUAGAUCAUAAAACGCCCAGGGCUGUGGCUAAGGAAGGCGGCUUCAAAGCAGCAAGCAAAGAAAUACGCCGAGCAGAGAGAAUCGCUAAUAAACUAGCCAGGCCAGGAGCCAAAAAUCCAAAUCCACUGUGGGCCCUUAGACUGCACGAUUGGUCCAUAGAACGUCAGGCUUUCCUCCGGGAAGCCUUUUCGGUUUUAGACAGGGGUGAUGGGAGCAUCAGCAAGAACGACUUCGUGAUGGUGUUGGAGGAAAGGCAAGAUUAUGCAAGCUCAGAACAGCUGGCUGCCAUCGCUCAACUUCAUGAGAAAACCCGGGGAGGAGGGGUCAAUAUUAAUGAAUUCUUUAAAGGAACCAGAUAUUUAAACAAGUCUUUUGUCUUAGGAUCGUAUGGACCUAAGAAAAAGAAAAAAGGGAUGGGCAAAAAAGGAAAGAAAGGGAAAUUUGUCUUACCCCUUCCAAUCUGUGUCAUUCCUGAGUACGCGUUUCCACGCCGGCAGGAUGGUGGGCCACCGUAUUACAUGAUUGAGACCUACAAGAAUGUCACUGAUAGCAGCCGAUUUAACAGAGAUCACCCCCCAGAACAUCCCAUUCAGGAUGACUCUGCUUGGUACAUUGAUGAUUCAGAGAAGGUAUUUUCAAACAUUAAUAUUAUCACCAAAGCAGGGGAUCUGGCUUCUCUGAAAAAGGCCUUUGAAUCAGGAAUACCUGUGGAUAUGAAGGAUAAUUAUUACAAAACUCCGCUAAUGACGGCAUGUGCAAGUGGAAACAUAGAUGUGGUCAAGUUUCUUCUUGAAAAAGGAGCUAACGUUAAUGCAACAGAUAACUUUCUGUGGACUCCACUUCAUUUUGCAUGCCAUGCAGGCCAACAAGACAUUGUUGAGCUUCUUGUUGAAUCUGGAGCUUUAAUAGAUGCAGUUUCAAUCAACAACUCAACUCCUUUAAAUAGAGCCAUUGAAAGCUGCAGACUGGAUACAGUAAAAUACUUACUCGAUAUUGGUGCUAAAUUCCAGCUGGAAAAUAGAAAAGGGCAUAGUGCCAUGGAUGUUGCAAAGGCAUAUGCUGAUUAUAGAAUAAUUGGUCUGAUUAAAGAAAAGCUAGAUAACUUGCCGAAACCAGCAGAAAAUCAAAAACUAAAAGGCAAGACACCUCCUAUACUGAAGACUGAAGGCCCUGAAAUUAAGAAAGAAGAGGAACGGCUGUCAUCAAUUUAUGGUGUACCAACCACAUCAGAGGGAAAGAAAGUACAGAAGGGUAAUGUGGUUCAUCUCAAUUCAUUGAUUACCAGUGGUUAUACUAAGAAAGUGGAUAUCACAUUUAUUCCACGGAGGAUUUGGAGUCCUGAAGCCACAACAGCAGAGCUGAUCAGGAAGAGGGAACUACGGCGAGAGAGGUUUACACAUGAGGUGGACUUCGACGAUUUUAUGAUGCCUUUUCAGAAGAACAUCACAGAGAAAGCUCGAGCACUGGAAGCUGCCUUGAAGACCUAAGUCAUAGCAGUUAUUUCUUGGGGUAAAUGCUUUGAGGCCCAGGGACCAAUCUUUGGAGAAAGUAGAUAUUUCCAUCAAAGCCAAAGCAAUCCAUACACCAAGAACUUGUUACCAAGUAUUUCUUUUUGCUUUAACAACUAUAAAUAUUUGAGCUGUCUAGAGAAAAGAUGUAUGUUAUUCUGAAAUGAAUGGUAUGUCAUUCUGGAUAAAUCCCCAAGCCCCUUUAUGAAUGUAGUGAAAUACAUGGCAUGUGGGUUAUAAACAUUGCUGUCAAAAGAUUUACCAGGUCUACAUCAUUAUGCUGAUUAUUUUUUUAAUUAUUUUUUUUUUAUUAAAUAGAGACAGAGUCUCACUAUAUUGCCCCAGCUGGUCUUGAACUCUUGAGCUCAAGCAAUCCUCCCAACCUGGCCAUCGAAAGUGCUGGGAUUAUAGGCAUGAGCUACUGUGCCCAGCCUGCUUAUUGAAGAUACAUUUCUAGUGGAAAUUGAUGAAACAAUUUAGGUUUUGGAAAAAGAAGUAAUAUUUAAUCUUUUAAGGAAGGAGUUUAUUUCUCACAUGCCAUUAUAAACUAUGUGUAUUAGAUACCUUGGGUUGAAUACACUUUUAACAGCCCUAGAUAGAUAGCCCUAGCCCUAGAUAGAUAGAUAUUAGGUUGGUGCAAAAGUAAUUGUGGUUUUUGCCAUGACCUUUAAUUGUGGCAAAAACUGCAAUUACUUUUGCUCCAACCUGAUAGCUAGGUAUCUAGCUAGCUAGAAAUACAGAUAGACAGAUAUAUAGAUGAUAGAUAGAUAGAUAGAUAGAUAGAUAGAUAGAUAGAGAUUUAUUGCAAAUAAUUGGUUUACAUAAUUUUGGGCCCCAGAUGGUUAAGUGCUACAUUUGUAGGGCAGGCUAUCAGGAAGUGCAGGCUGGAAACAUGCAGGAGUUGUCCCUGAAGUCCACAAGUAGAAUUUCUUCUUCAUCAUGGAAACCUCAGUUUUGUUCAUACACCUAAAUACUUCAGUAUGUCUUUCCUAAAAUAAAAGGCAUCCAUUUACCUAACCAGAUUACGAUUGUGAAAAUUUCAACUGUUGUUAAAGCGACUGAUAGGAUCAGUUUCACCUAGAUUAUCUAAGACAAUCUCCUUUACAUAAAGUCAAUGAAUUGUAAAUGUUGGUUGCAUGUACACAAUUCCUUCACCACAACACCUAAGAUCAGUAUUUGAUUGAGUUACUGGGUGCUAUAACCUAGCCAAGUUGAGUCAUAAAACUGACCAUCUCUGGAGGUGUACUCUGGAGUAAAAAGCUAGCUGAUACAUUACUCACACCAGGAAAUGCGGUGGGUACCGAACAGGAGCUCCAAAAAUAUCCAACGUCUCAUUGACGGAAAGAAGCCACUUUAGAAUCUGCCUUACCAGAAGGCACCAAUUGCAGAUUACAGCUAUGUCAGUCACAUAUGGAUUAAACCCCUUUCCUCUAACCUCCUCCCUCUCUUUCCAACCUUCAAGGGACCUUUCACAGGAGCCAGUCAGGGAGAAGGGAAGAGAGAGAGUGAAGCAGGUAACCAGGCCCACCUCUCUGGAGGAGACAGACCUGAACAGGGGUUGCUUACAAGCAUUGCAUUUGGAUCCCAAGAUUUGCUAUUACAACUAAAUUUUGUCUGUUUUAUAA